CUUGUUGAAUCACACACACUCAAUCAACCUCCAACAAGUCAUUAUUAUUCACAUGUUUUUAGGUGAAUCUCGGUAAAGUUUUGGCCAAUUAGAGUUUGAAAUGAUUUCUUUCGACUUUUUUAUGGCUCAUUUUGGCUUCUCAGACUUUUCAAGUUUCAAUAUUUUUACUUGUUGAGAUUUUAGUUUCUUGUUUUUGGACUUUUGACAGACUUUUCAUUGUGAGAAAUGAUGGUUCAACAGCAACGUAAAUCGUUCAUGAUUCGUGAUAUCCUGUCAAAUGAUGUGGAAAGUGAUUGUUCAUCGCAAAGUUGCACUUGUGAUUAUAGUUCGUGUUUUCAGGUUUCAAGUGGUCACAGUUUGUAUCAUUCAUCAUCAUCCAAUCCAGUCUCGGCUUUUCAUUGCAAUACUUUGGGGGUUAACCAGGCAAGUGGAAAGGUUAAAUGUUUAACUGGUAAAACGGGUCAAAGUGGGUUGAAAGGUUCAACCAAAUGUGCAAAACUCUUUUCACAUCAAUCGAGUCAAAUUAUUUGGCCGUCUUUUCCUGUUCAGUCAACAUCGAGUUGCAUCUCGUGUGUUAAACCUUCAUUACGAGCUGAUUGGACAAUUGGUUCAUCUGAUUCUUUUAGGGAUUUUGAAAUUUUAGAUGAAGACAACAAUGAAGAUGAACAGGAGAAUGAUGACGAUGAAGAUGAGUGUGAUGAGGAUGCGAAUGAAACAGAUUCGGAUCAACCUUUAGAUAUACGAUGUCAAUCGAGUGAAACAACGGAUCCGUUGAGUUGCAAUAGAGUGAAUCAUGGUGAUUCAAGUGGCGACAGUAAUAACAAAGAUAAUGAUAAUAAUGUAAGCAAUAACAUUUCAUCGAGUCGCAAGAUUAGACGAAAUCGAACCGUAUUUACUGAGUUACAGUUAAUGGGUCUGGAAAGGCGAUUUGAUAGUCAAAAAUAUCUGUCAACUCCAGAUAGAGCUGAACUGGCUCGGAUUCUUGGUUUAACUCAACUUCAGGUGAAAACAUGGUACCAAAAUCGUCGAAUGAAAUGGAAAAAACAGGUAAUGCAAGGAGGAUGCCCAAUACCACCAACUAAACCCAAAGGAAGGCCUAAGAAAAAUUCAAUCCCAUCACUUGGAAUCAACUUUGAAGCAACCCUUUUAUGUUCAACAAAUCAUGGAACCAGUUUAUUCAGAAAUUGUUUUCGUUGAUCUUUCACGGCAAUCAUUGAAAUACUCAGUUCACAAUCACUAAAAAUGCAAUACAAAAAUUGUGCCCAAAAAAGAUGUCAAAUCAUUAACUCUAAUCUUAUGGAUCGUCGUUUCUAACCAGCAAUCCAUUUUUCCAGUCAACAAUCAAAGUUGUUUAACCAAUUCCUGUUACCUUUGGUCAACAUUUGAUCAUUAAUUUUUACCAGAAAAAAGCAAAAUUGAACACAAACUUCAAUAUUUAAAAACCAUAAUUGGGUUGUUUAUUGAUACAAUGUAAGGUGCAAUUUGAUGAACCGAUUCUCGAUAUUUGUAAAGGUUAAUUGUUCACCUCGAACAUUAAAGAUGUAAAGUCAACAUUAAAUAACAAUUCAACUCUAUACACUUGAUUAUACUCUUAAAUGUUCAAAAACCUUUGAACAGCGCAAAUUGAUCCUCAUCAUUAGCAUAUUAUUUGGAUGCUCUAUAAGGUUGGCUGAAUGCGCCUGUCUUGUUAGGUUAUAGGAUUUUAUGUAUUUUAUUAUUAACAAUGAAAAUAGGAUAAACGAUUAUUUAAGAUGAUAAUGAUAAUGUUAAUAGCAAUAGUGAUUGUUAAUGAUAAUUUCAUGAACUAGCAUUUCAUUGUAAUUCAUUUGCUUUUUGUGAGGCUUUGCUUUUCACUUGAAAACCAUUUCUUUCACUCCAUUCACUUUACCGAUUUGAUUGACUUGAUUGGAAUCAAGUCUAUUAUUUUACUAAUUUUUUUCUUCUUUGCUCAAUGACUAGACAAUUAAUGUUCAAGAUAUUUAUUAUUGUUAAUGGUGAUGAUGAAGGGUGAAAUAAUUAGAUGAUAAAGGCUUUCAUUUGGUAUGAACAGUUACUUUUAUUCAUUUGCUUUUCCAUAAACUUUAAAUAUCUACUUUUUUGCUCCUUGUCGUCUUCUGAAUUCAAUAAAAUAAAAUAUUAUAGUUGAUUUAAUAACUUGACUAAAUAUUUAUCAAAGGUUAACAUCAUUAGUAAAGUAUAUUAGUAUAUUAUGGUUAUUAUUAAUGGUAAUGAGUGUUUUUUGGCAAACUGAAUUGUUUAAUUGACUUCAGUUUGAUUUGUUGCUUUCUCGGUUUUUACAAAUUUUUGUUGAUCUUUUUUUUAUGAGAACAUCAAUUUUGUGGUUUUGGCAGCAAAUUUUUUAUUAAGGUAACCCAAACGAGUAAAAUCGUGUGUCCAAUUUGAUUUGAUGGGAUCUGUUCAAUUGACUCCAGAUUUGGUAUAAUCUAAAUUACUUAAACUUUAUUUCCAGAUUGUGCCGCUUUCGUGCCAUUUUCACCAUUCAAUUGAAAUGCUAACUUAAUUUAACAUUCGGAAUUAGGAAUUAGGAAUUUGAUAUGAUAAGAGAUUUAGCGAAGUUUCAGAGCUACGUGGAAAAUACAUGUAAAUUUUCUUGUAAUGAUGGAUUAAAAUGUCAAUCGAUGACAAUUUAGUUGGGCUUUUGGUGGUGAACAGGCAUGGCGUUUAAAAGAUGAGGACACUUGUUUUUAAAAGAAGUUCCAUGAGUCAUGAGAGUUUAAUUCUGAGCAUAUGAGAAAACGAAUAUUCAGCUGCAGAUUAAAUUAACUUAAUCGCUGGUUAUUGAUAAUCAUUUAACUGGUUAACAUGGUGUGAGCUGGAAUAACUUCAACGUUGAAUGAUCACUUUGUUUAAAUCAGGUUAGGAUAAGGCUUGGCUUGUGAGAAAAAAUUUCGUUGAAUGAUGUCACUUGAUAUGUGGUUGAGUAACAAUAUUAAAAAUGGCAUCCUUUUGGUUGAGAAAAACUUUUACAGCAACAAAAGAUACAUUCAAAGGUGGGGUUCAAAGCUAUGAUCAUAUGGUUACAUUUAAACGUGAAAAUUUUUGUGCUGACAAUGAGGCGCCAUCUAUUGUUGUAGAAA